GAAACCUUUCAUCUUCUUCUUCUUCUUCUAUUCGAAUCGCUUCCUUCGUCUCUCUCUCUCACUCACCACCACCCGAUUAAACAUCAACCUCGUAAAUUACAAAACCCUAGCUCCUUCCUUGCUUCGAAUUUGUUUAAAAACCGAAACUUUUUUUAAUUUUGUUAUCUGGGUUCUCUCUCUCUCCCGAGUUUGAAUGAAGUUUUAGGGUUCGAUAACAAUAUAUAAUGAGUGCUAUCAACAUCACCAACGUCGCCGUCUUGGAUAAUCCUGCUCCUUUCGUUAGCCCUUUUCAGUUCGAGAUCUCUUACGAGUGUUUGAACUCUCUCAAAGACGAUUUGGAAUGGAAACUGAUCUAUGUAGGCUCAGCAGAAGAUGAGACUUAUGAUCAACUUCUAGAGAGUGUUCUUGUAGGACCUGUUAAUGUUGGCAACUACCGGUUCGUUUUGCAGGCGGAUCCUCCGGAUCCGUCAAGGAUUCGUGAAGAAGACAUCAUUGGUGUCACUGUGCUGUUGUUGACAUGUUCUUACAUGGGUCAAGAAUUCAUGAGAGUUGGGUAUUACGUGAACAAUGACUACGAGGAUGAGCAACUCAGGGAAGAGCCUCCAACUAAGGUUUUGAUUGAUAAAGUCCAGAGGAACAUACUUUCAGACAAGCCUAGAGUGACUAAAUUCCCUAUUAAUUUCCAUCCAGAAGAUGAGCAGACUGCUGCGGCCACUGCCGCUCCUCCUCCUGAACCUUCUAAUGAACAACAACAACAACCUGAUGUCAAUGGUGAAGCUCUGGUUUUGCCUGAUCAGCCACCAAUUCCAGAACCUCAAGAGUCGUGAUUCUUCCUUAAGCCCAAGUCUGGAUGAGAACAAUCACCUCCGUCUCUUCAAAAGAUGUUGCAUUUUUGCUUUUCUCUACCUUAAAGCAUUAUCUGAAAGUAUGUUGUACUUGUUUCUAGAGAGGCUCUAGGGAAGUGAUUCUUGACAUGUUUGAAUGUUUUUGUUUUUUUUUUGGGGCAAAGCAUUAAUCGAAGCAAAGCCUACAUUUUCCAAACAA